AUGAAGUCGUCCCCUGACACAAGUGAUAGGAGUAAGUAUUGUGAAUUUCACCGAAAUCAUGGGCAUACCAUGGAGGAUUGUCAAGCCUUGCAACAAGAAAUUGAAGCCCUCAUUAAAAGAGGGCUCUUAAGAAAUUAUAUUGGUCAUGAUAAAUGCCCAAGAAAUGACUGUGACUAUCUAAAAGAGCAUGAAGCAGGAAGCAGUGCUCAACCUACUGCCGGGACCAUUAAUAAUAUCAUUGGAGGCAUAGCAUCUGGAGGAGACAUAAGUAGUGGACGAAAAGAUUUGGAAGGAGUAUCAUAUCUUCAUAACAAUGCCUUGGUCAUCUCUACAAUUGUGGCUAACUUUGAAGUAAAGAAGAUUCUGGUUGAUAAUGGGAGUACAGCAAACAUACUCUCACAGGAGGCUUUCGCUAAAAUGAGGAUCUCUCCCAAAUAG